UCCAGUUCCUCGGCCGUUCCCGACCGUUUCCUAGGGUUUUGCCUUCUAGGGCUUCCACCGCUCCCCCCCCCCCCCACUAUCGUGGCCAUGGUGAAGCCCGCCCGAGCUCGGCCAGCCACCCCGUCGGGGUCGGCGUCAGCCUCCUCCUCCCCCUCGCGCUCGACCUCCGGCUCGUACUCCCGCUCGCGGUCUCGCUCCCGAUCCAGGUCCUUCUCCUCGUCCUCCUCUCCCUCCCGAAGCGUGAGCUCUCGAAGCCGAUCCCCUCCGCCUCAGAGAAGAAGCCCUAGUGGAGCAGGUAGAAGAGGUCGUUCACCAUCACCACCUCCUAAAAGAACUUCACUGCCAAGGAAAACAUCUCCAGUUCCUGAGUCUGUGGUUCUUCACAUUGAUCAUCUGUCAAGGAAUGUCAAUGAAGCUCAUUUGAAAGAAAUUUUCAGUAAUUUUGGCGAAGUAGUCAAUGUGGAACUCUCAAUGGAUCGGAUUGUUAACCUUCCUCGAGGUUAUGGCUAUGUUGAGUUCAGGAAGAGGGCUGAUGCUGAGAAGGCUCUUCUUUACAUGGAUGGCGGUCAAAUUGAUGGAAAUGUUGUUCGAGUUAAAUUUACACUAGCACAACGUCAAAAACCAUUUUCCCCUCCAAAGGCAAUUCCUGCUGCUCCAAAAAGAGAAGCUCCUCCAAGAGAUAAAGUUGGUGCCAAUGCUGAAAAGGAUGCUCAACAGCGGCCUAGGGAAUCUUCUCCGCGUCGGAAACCACUGUCACCUCCGCGGAGACGCUCUCCUCCAGCAAACCGAAGAGUUGAUUCACCGAGGCGUCGACCUGAUUCACCUCUGCGUCGUCGUGUGGAUUCCCCUGUUCGUCGCCGACCAGAUUCUUCUCCAUACCGACGUGAAACCCCGCCUCGGCGGAGAGCAGCAUCUCCACCUAGAAGACGUUCUCCUACUCCUCCACCAAGGAGGCAUAGGUCACCUCCACGGGUCUCUCCACGAAGGGGUCGUGGUAGUCCAGUCCGCAAACGCUCCCCAAUUCCUCCUAGGCGGCGAUCACCUCCUAGGCGACCUAGGAGCCCUCCAAGAAGGUCACCUCCUCCUCAUCGCCGUCGCAGCCGUUCACCUCUUCGAAGACCUGGUCGAUCCCGUUCUAGAUCAAUCUCUCCUCGCAGGGGUAGGGGACCACCUCACAGGCGUGGAAGGUCUAGCUCGUCGUAUUCUGAAUCACCCAGUCCUCGCAAGGUUAUUAACACCUCCCAAAAAAUAGAGGGAGCUCGAAGGAUAUCGAGAAGUCGCAGUCCUAGAAGGCCUAUUAGAGGGAGAAGUUCCAGUCCCAGCCGCAGCAGCAGCUCCGCUUCCCCCAGACCUAUUUAACAUUUCUUGGGUUGUGAGAGUACGCAGGUAUCUUCUAUCUCUCUCUCUCUCUCUCUCCCCCCCCCCCCCGCCCCCCCCCCCCCCCUCCU